UGUCUGAGCAGAGCUCAACCGUCGAACGUGGACAGACACCGGCCGGGGAUCGCUGCACCUAUUUCGGUUACUGUUGUUCUUUUCUCCAAAAUAUUUUUGUCAAUUUUCUUUGAACAACCUCUUUGAGCAGGAAACGGUUGCUUGACUCAAUCGUUGCGGUCAGUUUCGAACACAGCGAACGCUAAUAGCAGCAACUCGAGUCCGCCAUAGUCGAGCUCAGAAAGAAAGAAAAAAAAUCAAAAUGGAAGACACAAAAUACCUCCCGGAGCUGCUGGCUGAGAAAGACAGCYUGGACUCGUCGUUCACACACGCCAUGAAGCUUAUUACUGCAGAGAUCGAGAGGAUCCAGAAAGGUGAAACCAAAAAGGAGUCCGACUCAGAAAAGGAGACUUACCUGGACCUGUUCGCCACAAAGAACCUGAAACUCAAAGAGCGCGUGCUCAUUCCAACCAAGCAGUACCCAAGGGUCAACUUUGUCGGGAAGCUUCUGGGCCCUCAGGGCAGCACGAUCAAGAGACUCCAGGAGGAGACCGGGGCUAAGAUCUCCGUUUUGGGCAAAGGGUCCAUGAGGGACAAAAAUAAGGAAGAAGAGCUGAGGAAGAGCGGUGAAGCGAAAUAUGUUCAUCUGUCCAUGGAGCUUCACGUUUUCAUUGAGAUCACUGCACCCAUACCAGAAGCUUACAUGCGCAUGGCUCACGCUAUGGAUGAGGUCAAGAAGUUCCUUAUCCCUGAACCAGGUGAGUAUGACCCUUACAUGGACCCUCAGUUCCUGAACGGAUCCCAGGAUGGCUCAGGCAGGGGGCGUGGUGCUCUAGGACGGGGCAGAGGUGGACCACCUGGUGCGGGAGGACCACGGGGACGGGGAAUGCCACGUGGGAACAUGAGAGGAGCGGUGCGAGGGGGAGCGCCACGUGGAGGACCAGGCCGAGGCACCGCACCCAGAGGGGCACCGAGUGGUAGGGGCGGUCCACCCUCUGCUCCUGCCCGAGGAGGAUCUGCUGCUCGCUCUAGACCACCUGCGGCCGGGGCUCCGAGGAUGCUCCCCACUGCGGGCAUGUCCCACCAGCAGGUUGCUUCAGGGUCGCAGCCCAAACCUGACGCUUAUGACGAAUAUGGUUCAUAUGAAGAGUCUUAUGCGGAGCCUGCCUAUGAAGGAUACGAUAACUACUACAGUCAGCAGCCUGCUCCUGCGGAUACAGAAUAUUAUGAUUAUGGACACGGUGAAGCCCAAGAUCCAUCUUAUGAAUCUUACG